UCAAAAUAAAAAAAUAAAAAUAAUCUUUGGAAAGUUUUGAAAGAUUGGCGUUGAUUGCUCAACAACCCCGAGAAAAUAUCACAUCAACAGAUGUUCCGGAGUUAAUAAUACAAUGAAUUUCACAUAAAUGUACGAGGGAAUUUCACUGUUUUGAAAUUUCAACGGUCUCAAUAGGCAGAAGUGUACUUUAGCCCCACGGCUUUAGAAUUUUUCCGGUCUCAAACUCUCAGUUGACAAAAAGUACUGAUUCUAAACGAAAUAAUUGUCAAAGCUUGGAAAAUGUAUUAUAUAUAAUAUUAUAGUAUGUAUAUAUAUAUUGACAGAAAUUAAUAAUUCCAAUCAAACAAAAUCAUUCAUCAAAGCAAUUGCUAAUUGGCGCAUUUGACCCUACCGAUUUGAGCUUCUAAACUCGUACACUUUGGCUAAGCUCCCAUUGGAGCAUUUAACAAUACAGAAGUAUGUUUUUGAAGCUGCUGGCUUUGUGUUUGUUCGCAUUUCUCAUAUAUGCUCCCAUUGCUGAGGCCAGAAUUCGACGUUACAAAUGGGAGGUAAAGUAUGAGUACAAGUCUCCUGACUGUUAUAAGAAGCUGGUCACUACAAUCAAUGGCAAAUCACCAGGACCCACAAUCUUGGCCCAGGAAGGUGAUACAGUCAUUGUUGAGGUUACAAACAAACUAUUAUUAGAAAACCUUGCAAUUCAUUGGCAUGGAAUCAGACAGAUUGGAACACCUUGGAGUGAUGGAACAGAAGGGGUGACUCAAUGUCCAGUACUACCUGGGGACACCUUCAAAUAUGAGUUCAAGGUUGAUAGGGCUGGAACUUAUCUGUACCAUGCACAUGCACACGCACACUAUGGAAUGCAAAGAGAAUCAGGGUUAUAUGGAUCAAUCCGUGUAUCAGUUCCUGAUAAUUUUACAGAACCAUUUGCCUAUGAUUAUGAUCGGAGCAUCAUCCUUACUGAUUGGUACCACAAAAGCACUUAUGAACAAGCCACUGGAUUGUCCUCCAAUCCUUUCGUCUGGGUUGGGGAGCCUCAGUCACUUCUGAUUCAAGGAAAAGGAAGAUUCAACUGCUCUAGUGCAUCCCUCACAGCCGACACUUGUAAUACAUCAAAUCCAGAAUGCUCUCCUUAUGCAAUAACCGUAAUCCCAGGAAAAACAUACAGACUAAGGGUUGCUAGCUUGACUGCUCUAUCAGCCCUUAGUUUUCAAUUGGAGGGUCAUAAUAUGACUGUGGUAGAAGCAGAUGGACACUAUGUAGAGCCAUUUGUAGUGAAAAACCUGUUCAUAUACUCUGGAGAGACAUACUCUGUGAUUAUAAAAGCCGAUCAAGACCCUUCAAGAAAUUAUUGGAUGACAACAGAUGUGGUUGGUCGGCCUCCUACUACCACACAAGGCUUGGGCUUUCUCAAUUACUAUCCAAACCAUCCAAGGCGAUCUCCUCCCACAGUUCCACCAACUGGUCCUAUUUGGAAUGACACAGCACCCCGAUUGGCUCAAAGUCUAGCCAUUAGGGCUCACCAUGAUUUCAUUGUGACCCUGCCCACAACCUCAGAUAGAGCCAUUGUGUUCCUAAACACACAAAAUCGCAUUAAUGGCUAUGUGCACUGGUCCGUAAAUAAUGUCUCUUUCACCCUUCCUCACACACCAUACCUUAUUGCUCUAAAGAAGAAGUUACACCAUGUGUUCAGUCAAACCCCACCACCUGAAGGAUAUGACUUAGUAAACUAUGACAUUUACAACGUGUCCAAGAACCCAAAUGCUACAACAAGCAAUGCCAUUUACCGGCUAGGCUUCAAUACCACGGUUGAUAUUAUACUACAAAAUGCAAACACUAUGACUGUUAACAAUAGUGAGACACAUCCAUGGCAUCUCCACGGGCACGAUUUUUGGGUACUGGGCUAUGGAGAAGGCCAAUUUGACAAGAACAAAGACCCAAAGAAUUACAAUUUGGUGAAUCCAAUCAUGAAGAAUACAGUGCCUCUUCAUCCCUAUGGUUGGACUGCUCUUAGAUUCAAGGCUGAUAACCCAGGUGCCUGGCUUUUCCAUUGCCAUAUCGAGGCUCAUUUCUACUUGGGCAUGGGAGUGGUGUUUGAAGAAGGAAUAGACAAGGUGGGGGAAUUGCCUUCUUCUAUUAUGGGCUGUGGUCGAGCCGGAGGUCCCCCAGUUCUCUAUUCCCCUCCUUCCCACAUAGGAAAACAUGUGAUGGGUGCUGCUCCGAGAGUUUAUGGUGGUGAAUAUGUUUCACUUAAUAAAGGUCCAGUCCCACCUUCAGCCCCUAACCCAAUCACACAUGGGCCUUGAUGCCAUUGACAAUUAUCUGCCCAAUGCUUUUGAUUAGAAAAACAACACCUAUAUAUAUUUCAUUAUUCCCUGUAACGUUUCAUUUUAUGAUCUGGGAAAAAAAUGUUAUAUGUUAUUUCUCUAGUCUCUUUCAAUCGUGGCAGCCAAGCGCAGUAAACCUUGGCUGCUUGACCAUGGCAAGCCUUAUUGGCUUCCAGGCACCAUGCGCGCUCCAAAUUAUAGCUGUCUAGGCUACAGCCCAUGACUUUCCACUCACAAAACGCUUAUUGGCACUUUGGCAGCAAGUUUUAGUGCAUAUCCACUUUCAACUAUUUGUCCAAAAGCAUUGUUCCCAUCUUGUAAAGAUUCAGAGCUAUGAUCAAAUAAAAACAAAAACAAAAGAUAUGCACAUGGGUGCAUCUCACGAAUACCGCAACUCAUGGCUGUCUAACCGGAACCGAAGACCAACAUAUUGAUGAUAUCAUGCAUGAUCUAACCAUGUAAAUUUUUUUUUUUUGGCAAGCCAUAAUUAAUCAAAAUAAAGAUUAAAAAUACCAAAUCAUCAUAUUUUUGCAGUUCACCAGUUGUUCAGAAAAAAAAUAAAAUAAAAUAAAAUAAAAUUUGGGGUGGUAUAAAUUAUUAACAUGUGUAACUCAAAAUGCAAAGGUUUUUUUUGUUUAGUUCUUAUUUCAUUUAUUUACAUACAACUCUAAACUCUUGCAUUCAUUAUGGUUCAUAUAUAUAGAAAAGCAACUCUUGCUUUUCUAAUUGUUUGGGAUUCACAAAUGUAUUAUUUGUUCAAUAAAGAAAAUCUCCUCUCUCUCUCUCUCAUCAAUAUGUGUACAUGCACAUAUUGAUUAAUUUAUUAUUCAUUUAUUAUAUUAUUGAAAUUAACAAAUCAAAUUCAUCAUCACCUGAAUUUGUAAACUUUUUGUAUUAAAAUUUUUAGUAUUUUUAGAAUUUUUCAUACAAAAAAUGAAAAAUUAGCAUUUAUUUAUGAUGUUUUUCAAGAGGUAUCAACAACAUUAAUUAUCGCGUCAAUUUGUAGGUUUUUUUUUUUUUUUUUACAAAAUAGAAUUCUACUCUAACCUAAUCUAAGUGUAUAUGUGUAUGAAGCUUCCUUCUGGAGACUUAAACCCCGACCAUUGCCCCCCCACACUCCACAAGCACUUAUACUUGUGGAGUGACCAUCGCACCAAGAAUGUGUGGUGGUAAUUUGUAGGUAUUUUGUAAGGAUUUGACUUAUCUCCAAUACUUUUUAAGUUGAAAAUCUCUUUUUGUUUUAAAUACAUAAUAGCAAGUGGUAGUUGAUUUUAAUCUCCAUCUUCUAUUUGGUUAGUGGGUAAUAUGACAGUUUCUCAUUAAAACAGAAGGAGAUUUUAGUUAAAAAAAUAUCGGAAGUAAACUAAACCUAUUUUGUAAUAAAAUUUGGUAAUAAUUUUAGGGAAAUAUUCACAUAUGUAUGUACCAC